UGCAUUAAAAAUUCACAAUAACUCUUCUCUAUCUGAAAACAUUUUAUCAAUAAGCAAAUUUCUCUGUUCGAUGUAAAUUAUCGAUCACGAAUUGAAUUUGGUUCCACUUUUCAAUCAGCUGAUUUUUAUUCCCUGCUUCCGCUGACAAAUUUCAGCAUACGUUGACUUCCUUUCAAAUACGUCAACAACUCAGUUUGGUUUGGUUUGGUUGGCCAUUUAAAACUAAAGAGAAGUAGGUUAUACAUUCUCUCAAAUUCGCCGUAUGUUUUCAUUUGUGACUCACUGAAAGGGCUUGUGUUAAUUUUAUAACCCAGCAAAAUGGCUCCGAAACAGAGGAUGCGAAUUGCCAACGAUAAAGCAAGUAAAAAUGUUACAUUACGUGGAAACGUACCAAAAUCAACCAAACCACAAGAUGAGAAAUACCCGGUUGGACCAUGGCUUCUUGCUCUAUUCGUUUUUGUUGUUUGUGGAUCAGCCGUCUUCCAAAUAAUCCAGAGCAUCAGGCUAGCAUAACAUGUCUCUGGACGAUCCUGAGGAAUAAUGAUAAUCCAUCUAUCAUUUCAACAUCAUUUUCUACGUUCAAAAGCACAAAUUUCAGUUUUCAACUGUUUUUUCCAUACAUUUUUCAAUUAUGAAUGUAAAAUCUGAUCAAAUUAUAAAAUCCCCUACCUUUAUCCGUCAAUGAUAUUAAAAAUUCUAUGUAUGUACAUUCUAUAUCUGAUACACUUCGAUCGUUAUUGAUUCUAGCUCAAUGUAAACAAAUAACGUUCCACUGUUGAUAAUUUUAUAUGUGUAUUUCAUUGGUGUAUGUAUAUAAUAAUAUAAACUGUAAUUGAUAUUAUUCCUCUUGAAAUGGAACAUCUGUACUACAAUGAGUAUUCUGUUGUACGUGUAUAUUUUAAAUAAUAUAUCAUUGUCAAAUGAAUCAUUCCAUUUUGUUUUAAAAUAAUGUCCAUUAAUGUACUUGUUCAACAUCUAAUUUCGGAAUGACUUUUGAUUUCAUGUUUGGCUGUUUUAUAAGAUUUAUUAUUUAUAUAUUUAUUUAUAACUGAAAGAGAGAUAUGAAUUAAACUUUUCAGUGAUAAA